UACGAAAAGAUGUACGAAGGAAACUUAAAAAUUAUGAUGAGUUUUUAUUUUUUGGUUCACCUUUCAGAAGUAACGUUCGAAAGUUUCGUUUUCCUCGCGGAUUUGUUGAUGUUGGAAAAUUUAAACUAGUUUAAAUCAAAGAUAACUUAUUUUCAUUAUUAGAAUUGAGAAUUUGAUUUUAGUCUUUAAAAUCUGAUGUUUUUGCCUAUUUUUAUGAACUAAAUUUUUAUUUUAAGUGCACUAUUUUAAAAACUGUAUUAGAAAAUGGAUUGUUGCUGUCAACAGCCAAUAUAUUCAUCAAGAGAGGAUGAUAAAAUUUCAGAGGAAAAUGUCUGCUCUUCUCAGUUGGAAGCAGAAGUGGCUUGCUGUAGUACAGAUGAAGAAAACUGUUGUAAUAGACCUGCUUUUACAUCUCAAAUAGAAGAGACAUACUGUGAUGCAGUUGAUGAGGAAGAUUGUCACAAAUCUGCUGUUCAGUCUCAAAUAGAAGCAACAUGCUGCAAUGCGACUGAUGGAAACUGUCAUAACAGGUCUGCUGUUCAGUCUCAAGUAGAACCUGAAUGUGAGUGCCAUGAAGAAGAAGAUGGGAAACCUAUUCCUUCUCCAUGUGAAAUAGAACCUAAGUGUGUGUGUCAUGAAGAAGAUAAAAGCUCUUUAAAUAGAAGUUUAAGCCCGGCUCUUUCUAAAAUAGCAUCAUCUGCAAGUUUGUCAUCAAUUGCCUCAUUUCCUGAGUAUGAUUUGAAACCGAACAUGCCUGUUUCACAGAUCAAGGAACGUCUGAUAGAAUUAAUAGAUCUCAGAGGAAGCGAUAUAGUACAGGCUUGUAGAAACUUUGACCGAAGAGCUACCAGAAAGAUACAAAAGACACACUUAAGACAAGUUCUAAGAACUUUUUGUUUUCCAAUUACUGCAGCUCAGUUUGAUGCUCUCUUAAAUGAACAUAACCUUUAUCAAAGUGGAAAAAUUAACUAUAUGGAUUUUUUCUCAAAUUUAACAAAUGGAAAAAGCAUUACUUAUGAAAAAUCUACUGAAAGGCUUGAUAAUUUGCCCAUUGAUGAAGUAGAACUCCGAAUAAAAGAAAAGAUUAUGCCCAUUCUUCGAGAUGUGAUUCGAUCUUUUUGGCUGUUUGAUGUAAAUAAAGAUGGUAUGGUUCAAAAAUCAGAAUUGCGACGAAUAAUUAAAAACUACUGCUUUGAUCUCAGUGAACAUUUAUUCAAUGAGUUGUGGAAGGUUCAUGAUCCGAAAUGUAAAGGAACAAUAAGUUAUAAAGACUUUCUGAUAAAACUAGGUAUCAAUGCUGAUCGAUAUAGGACUUUUAUGCCAUCAGAGACUGUUGCUCAAGCUUUGUGUUGGUCAGACAAACAAUCAAAAAAUUUAACACAGGAUUUAAACUUUGAUAGAAGAACUAGGCGUUUUGCUCUUGAGAAUAAGGAUGAUCCGGCUAUUAUGGGGCUUCCGCUUGAAGAAAUUGUUUCUGAAUUCCUUAAGCGACUUUAUUAUAAAUCAAAACUUUUAAAGAGAAUUUUUAAUGUGUUUGACUAUGAAAAAAAUGGCAUUAUAGCAUUAUCUGAUUUUAUUGGAGCAAUAAAUUUCUUUUUGAUGCCUUUGUCUCCACCAAUGUUCCACCAAGUGAUGAAAAGAAUAGGUAUUUGUCUUUGUCCCGAUAGUAAAAUAGAUUAUAAAUGUUUUCUUGAAAAAUGCAGUCAAUCAGGAACAAAAGGUUUCAAGGCCACAAAACUGGAUUGUUUGCCUGUAGUGCAACAUAUAAAAAAUCAUGUUUUGAACCCAAACGAGCGUUUGCACUCUUUGCUGACUAUAAAAAAUUCAGGACUAAGAGAGCAAAUAACCAGAAAAGAACUUAGGAGAACAUUGAAAACUGGACUUAAACUGCAUUUGUCUGAUGAAGAGUUUAAAGAUCUCUUAGAAGUUCUGGAUCCUGGUAAUACUAAUAUAAUUCAAUGUAAAAGUUUUCUCAAACUGUUUGAACAUCCUGAAGAGGAUUGUGCUUGUGUGGAAAAAGAGAGCUCAAGUUCAAUAAAGUUUUCACCUGAUGAGGAAAAAUAUUUAUGCCUCAAAGGUAAUAAAUUGAAAUCUAAAUUCAAGCACCAUUUUAACAAAGUUUUCAAAGAUGUUGAAAAGGCUAUUUUUAUUUGUGAUCCUAACCAGAGCGGAUUCAUUACUACAGAGAAACUCAAGAACAUCCUAAAUGGAUUAUGUAUUCCUCUGACCUAUGAACAAUAUGAAGAAAUUUUUUCUGGAUUUAGAGUGUAUGGAGACAGCUUAAAUUACCGAGAGUUUCUAAAUGUUUUCUACAAAAAACCUGGUGAGGAUGCUAAAAAAUGGACAGCUAAAGUAAAUAAAUUGGCUACUUAUAAAUCAAGAUGCCCACCCGAGUUGCCUCUGGAUGAAGCAGAGGAAAUGUUAAGGGAAUGUGUGCAGUCUAGAAAAAGUGCUAUGCUUAGAGAUUUUAAAACUCUUGAUGUAUGCAAUGUUGGUGUAAUUUGCAAAGAUGAUGUUAGAAAUGUGUUUAGCAAAUUUUCAUUCAGAUUCAAUGACAAACAAUUUUGUGAAUUAUGGAAAAAACUUCCUCGCAACAAGUUUGACCAAUUGUUGUAUGACAAAUUUUUAGAGGAGUAUUCAAUAUCUGAAUUUCAACCAGAUGCAGAUGAUAAAUCAGUGGCUGGUGACUUUGGCAAAUCUGGAGUUGUACAUGUAACUUUCAAUGAAAAUAUGAUGAAGAAAAGAGAAACUGUUAAUCGAAAGAGUGCAAAGGACAUAUUAUUCUCCGAAGCACCUCAUUUGAAGAAAAUAAUUGUAGCCAUUGAACCAGUUAUAAUAAGAAACAUCAGAACGAUUCGUUACCAUCUCAAUCGAGCUGAUCCCAAAUUAUCUGGAGUUGUAGAUUUCAGUGUUUUAACUGGUAUCUUAGACAAAUCUGGUGUAAGAUUUUCUCCUGAAGAGGAAUUCUUCAUUCUUGAAUACUUUGACAAGAGUUUAGGUGGAAAAAUUAACUAUAGAGAGUUCUUGCAAAUAUUUGUAUGGUAUGCUUAACUACUUAGAUAAAAGCUGUUGAAUUCAAUGUGAGGAAAUUUUGAAGUACUGUUUUAAAAUUUCAAGUUCUGA